AUGACCUUUCAAUCAAAGAUCCUCCUCGACGUCAAAAUUCCCAAAUCACGCCGGGAUUCUAAGCACGAUUUGGAUGAGAAUACAGAUUCGGAGCGUGCGUGGCAUUACGCUGUUGGCAUUCUGACGUUGUUGGGGUCAUGUCAGAAGCUAUCACAAGAUGGUAGGUUUUCAAUAAACUCACAAUACUCUAUGAGAGAAGUUGGAAGAACGGAUACAGUAUCGGGCAAUUUUGCCCAUGACCUCGCCAAGCCAAUCGAGCAACUUCAAAAUGUCAACAUAACCGCACCUGUCGAAAGCGUCUCAUGUUCCACCGAUGCGUUGGAAUACAAUCUGGAUUCUAUAGGGAUGUGGCUUGAAAACUGUGAAAGGACCCAUACGGUUUGCCGCGUCGCCUUGGCCGCUCAAGACUUCCUGCCUACGAGGCUGCUCGAUCUCAAAGCAUUCAGAGACGACAUCAGACUGGUCCAUAUACAACCCAACAAAUAUGAUGGGAAUGACAAACUACCAUCGUAUGUUACCUUGAGCCAUUGCUGA